AAGGUAUUUUUAUAGAAGAACUUGCUGUGGAGAAGCCUGGACUAACUCAAGAAGCAUGUAGUGGGAUCGAAACGUUGUUGCUCGUGAUUUGUUCCCAAGAGAAAUCCACGUCAGAAGAAACAGCUGUUCUGAAAUCUGGAUUAAAGUGUGCAGUGAACUUAUGUGAGGCCAAUACUGAUUUGUGCUCACAGUUUGUAGAUUGUAUUGGUUCCCUGAUGGUUAAUGGAACAGAAUCAACAAUAGUUCCCUUAGCUGAAGCUCUGUGUGCUAUUGGAAGUCAUCGAGCUGGAGUGGUAGCACAUCUUCAGCAAGAACUUCUGCUCUUAGCAGAAAACUUAGGUGAUCAGUCUGAGGAAAGAAGUGAGCAUUCCCAGUCUCUUGUAUUAAUAUGCACCUUGAUAUUUCAAAGUGGCAUUGAUCGCCACUGGGUGCAUCAGGACAGGAUGGCUAUUAUGAAGUCUGUUGAGAAACUAGACUUGUGGCUAGUAUAUCGAGUUGCUCGCCAGGCUGCAAGAUAUGGUUAUCACCAGAUAGCCUCUGAGCUCUUUUCUCGUUUGUGUAACAGAGUAAACACUGAACAUUUCCACUUCUGGCUUGUGGCUCUGUGGGAGAUCAGUCUUGCUGAGAGCUGUCUACAAGAUGUAGGUGAUGAGAGGGGUAGUAGCAGUAAGCUGGUUAAAGGAAGUGACAUCUCUCAGGCCAUCACUCAUUACCUGAAAGCUGUUUCUGCUUUAAAGGCAGCAACCACACCACUGUACAAUCUCCAGUUUCAGUAUGAAUAUACUGUUCUUAGGAAUCAAGUUCUUCAAGCCCACAAUCAACUAGUUCAUGCUUGUUCUUGUCUCUGGACAUCGCCUCCUUCAGCCAUUGCUGCAUCUGUAGCCAUGACUAGUAGGGAUGAGCUGCAGAAUUGUGGCAGAAUUGUAGCUGAGUUAAGGAAAUGUGCCAAGGACUUUCGAUCUCUGGCUGACCAGUAUGGAUCCCUGUAUCAGUCUGCUUUUAAUGCUGAUCGAACAACUUUAACUACAAUUCAAAUUCAGCAACAGUGUUGUCUGCUAAUGGUCCAGGCUAUUGAACGUGUGGCUCAGUACAACCAAGGAAUGGGGGCAAACGAUGUAAAGAUGCUUCACAUGGACCAGUCACAGAAAAGUUUAGAAAACUAUAGGGUAAAGGAAGCUUAUCGACGGAUUGUUAGUGUUAUCAGAACCCUAGGGGAAGACUCGGAGGUCAGAACUAUAGGUGGGAAGGAAAUAGAUGGUCUAAAGAAAAUCAGUGAAGAACUUAUUAGAGUCCCACUUUCUGUACCAAGGUAUUUUUUCCAGACUCUACAGUCUACUGUGAUUAAGUUGGCCGUAUCUCCUCAACCCAAAGCUCCGGGAGAACCGAAUGACGUUAUUCAAAACACUGCUCACUUGGCAGUUAAAGUUGAAGGUGUUGUUCAGCAUGGUGGAAGGCCUAGUUUAUUUCGUCAAGUAGCUAAAGUUUUAUUAACUGUUUCCUCUACUCUUCAGAGUAAAACAACCACAGUUCAGGAAGGAAAGGCACAACAGGAUAACAACAACACUAUGUCACAAACAGUGAAGCCUCACAAUGACUAUUUCCAUGCUCAGUUCCUCUUGGCCUUCCCUGUCGUGGGCUUGCAUCAGGUGAUAAUUGAAGCAGCAGUAGUAGAUGAAACAGAAGCCCAUUGGACAACUGGGCCCAAGACAACACUCUUGGUCAAAUCAUAUGAUGAUAGUUCCAACCAGAAGCAAACCUCACGUGUGUUUGGACAGAGAUUUUAGUGAUCUUAACUGACAAAAACAACGUAAAUAAAACAUGCCUCCUGGAGAAGCAAGGUAUCUUUAGUGGGCAAAGUAAUAAAAAGAUUUCAACAGGUCUUGGUAUGAUGCUUCUUUAAUAAAUGUUGUCUUAACUAGAAUUCUCAUUUCAUAAUUUUGUUUCAAGUACUAACUCACUUUCAAUUUAGCAAGAAUAUUUUGACAUCUUUUCCUCCCUUGCUAAGAAAUUGUCCAUCUACCAAUUUGUUUAGUGUUUCUCUAUCUGAAAAAUGAUUUACAUCUGUUAUCAUAAGUGUUGUGAAAUAAAAACAAUAGACAUGAA